GUCACCGACACGCAUCGAUAACCUCUGCAAACUCUGAUUUUUCUCUUUGCCAGUGUUCUUGACGUCCAUUCAUUUUUGGUUGUGGAGUUUUGUUCUGCGUUUUAUUCAAAUUAAAAGAUGGCUGGUCUGGCAGCAAAGAUUCCCGUUUGGAGCAAAGCGGUUGUUAGCUUUUCAAGACCCAAAUUGCAAACAUUUUAUAAAUAUGCCAAAGUAGAACUUCGUCCUCCAACCCCUGGUGAAAUGAGUCAAGCAGUUGGAGAUGCACAGAAAGGAAUAAAAAGUUUAAUAUCUGGAAAAUUUAUGGAAUUGUCUGUCAAGCAAGGAUGGCAAAACACUCUUGUUGCCACAGAGAUUUUGAUGUGGUUCUUUGUUGGAGAAAUAAUCGGAAGAAGAAGUUUAAUUGGAUAUAAAGUUUAAUGAGAAUGGUUUUGAUUACAUUUGAUUUUGAAGUUCAUGUUUUGGUUGAUCUAUAUUACAAAAGCUAGACCUUACUCUUCUAAAUAUAGUAAUAAUAUCUUA